GACUCUGUUUACAAGUGGAGUGCCACCAACCGAAAGAAAACCCCACCCACGGAGAUCCCCAAACCCCCGACAGAUUCGCUAGCGAGAGAGCUCCAGAGACCGUCCUGCGAGCGAAAAUGGCGAUGCGAUGCGCGCUGACCUCCCUCCCCGCGCGCCUCCGGUCCGCGGCGGCGCCCGCGGCCGUGCGCGCCUUCAGCGACGGCAAGGGCCGCGUGCUCAGCGAGGAGGAGCGCGCCAAGGAGAGCGUCUACAUCCAGAAGAUGGAGAGGGAGAGGCUGGAGAAGCUCAAGAAGAAGCAGGAGCAGGAGAAGGCCGACGCCGAGAAGGCCGGCAAGAAGCCCGAGGAGGGAUCCAAGUAAGUGUGAUUUGCACCUGCCUGAAGGCGACCUCGUCUCAGGCGCACCUGGUGGACAUCUGCAGCUUAUAAUGUGUGGAUAUGGAAAAAUAAAUCCUGUAAAACGUCGACAGCGCUGGCCCAUCUGCCAUGUUUUCUGUUUGUCGCGGUCUUGUUCAGGAUGUAAUCCGUGGACCAUACAUUGAGAAUUCGAGUCUCGUUAUCUUUUGUUGGACCGUAUGUUGGUGUCCCCCUUUCUGCA